CAGCACACUGCAGAUCACAAGUACCGGGGCCACCUGAGGACCGGUCAGCACUUCAGCCCCCAGAAUGAAGUUCAUCGUAGGCAUUGGAGGCGUGACCAACGGUGGGAAGACCACCCUGACCAACAGCCUCCUCAAGGCGCUGCCCAAUUGCUGCGUGAUCCAUCAGGAUGACUUCUACAAGCCCCAGGACCAAAUAGCAGUCGGGGAGGACGGCUUCAAACAGUGGGACGUGCUUGAGUCUCUGGACAUGGAGGCCAUGCUCAGCACGGUGCAGGCCUGGGUGAAGGAUCCACACAAGUUUGCACGCGCUCACGGCGUCAACCUCCAGCCAGGUGCCUCGGACACCCACAUCCUCCUCCUCGAGGGGUUCCUGUUGUAUAGCUACAAGCCCCUGGUGGACUUGUACAGCCAACGCUACUUCCUGACCGUGCCGUAUGACGAAUGCAAGCGGAGGAGGAGAAGUCGUACUUACAUGGUCCCCGAUCCCCCUGGCCUCUUUGACGGUCACGUGUGGCCCAUGUACCAGAAGUAUAGACGGGCAAUGGAGAGGGACGGGGUGGACGUGGUCUAUUUAGAUGGCAUGAAGUCCCGGGAGGGGCUCUUCCGUCAAGUGCUGGAGGAUGUUCAAAACAGACUGCUUAACACAUCCUAGCAAGACG